AUGCAUUUCAACGCCACUCAGGGAAAGCCUUUGCCACAGAUUGCUCCCACGCAGUCGUUUCUCUCUCCUCUCCUGUCCAUCUUGUCUCUCUCUUUCCCCCCCUCAAUCUCUCCCCCCUCAUUCUCUCUCUCCAGCCGGUACUCUCGGAGGUGGAACAGGUUGUGUAGGCGGAAGUGUCGAGCGGCCGUCAAAUCCAAUGUUUUCUAUUGGCUGGUCAUCUUCCUGGUGUUCCUCAACACACUGACCAUCGCCUCUGAACACCACAAGCAGCCUCAAUGGCUGACUGACGUACAAGACAUAGCUAACAAGGUUCUGCUGGCCCUGUUCACUGGAGAGAUGCUGCUGAAGAUGUACAGCCUGGGUCUGCAGGCCUACUUCGUGUCCCUGUUCAACCGCUUCGACAGCUUCGUGGUGUGCGGGGGCAUCCUGGAGACCAUCCUGGUGGAGACCAAGAUCAUGUCCCCUCUCGGCAUCUCCGUGCUGCGCUGUGUGCGCCUGCUCCGCAUCUUCAAGAUCACCAGAUACUGGAACUCUCUCAGUAACCUGGUGGCGUCACUACUGAACUCGGUGCGUUCCAUCGCCUCCCUGCUGCUGCUCCUCUUCCUCUUCAUCAUCAUCUUCUCCCUGCUCGGCAUGCAGCUCUUCGGAGGGAAGUUCAACUUCGACGAGACGCGACGCAGCACCUUUGACAACUUCCCCCAGUCACUGCUCACCGUGUUCCAGAUCCUGACAGGAGAAGAUUGGAACUCGGUCAUGUAUGACGGCAUCAUUGCCUACGGAGGGCCGUCCUUCCCAGGCAUGCUGGUCUGCAUCUACUUCAUCAUCCUCUUCAUCUGCGGAAACUACAUCCUCCUGAAUGUCUUCUUGGCCAUCGCCGUUGACAACCUGGCAGACGCAGAGAGUCUUACCUCGGCUCAGAAGGAGGAAGAGGAGGAGAAGGAGAGGAAGAAGUUGGCCAGAGCGGUCAGUCCAGAGAAGCGUCAGAACAAUGAGAAGCCCCCCCUGCAGCAGGAGAAGAGGGAGGAGAAGAUCGAGCUCAAGUCCAUCACCUCCGACGGAGAGACGCCCACCGCCACCAAGAUCAACAUAGACGAGUACACGGCGGAUGAGAACGAGGAGAAGAACCCGUACCCCGCCAACGAGUUCCCAGGAGAGGAGGAUGAGGAGCCAGAGAUGCCCGUGGGCCCCAGGCCCAGGCCCCUGUCAGACGACCAGAUGAAGGAGAAGGCAGUGCCCAUGCCUGAGGCCAGGGCCUUCUUUGUGUUCAGUCACACCAACAAGUUCCGGAUGCUGUGUCAUAAGAUUGUGAACCACAACAUCUUCACCAACCUCAUCCUCUUCUUCAUCCUGCUGAGCAGCAUCUCCCUGGCGGCUGAGGACCCUGUCAGGAACGUUUCCAUUAGGAACCAGAUCCUGGGGUAUGCAGACCAUGUCUUCACGGGCCUCUUCACCAUUGAGAUCAUACUAAAGAUGACGGCGUAUGGAGCCUUCGUCCACAAAGGCUCGUUCUGCAGGAACUACUUUAACAUCCUGGACCUGGUGGUGGUCAGUGUGUCCCUCAUCUCCUCUGCAAUACAGUCCAGUGCCAUCAACGUGGUGAAGAUCCUCAGAGUGCUCAGGGUGCUGCGGCCCCUGAGAGCCAUCAACAGAGCCAAGGGCCUCAAGCACGUGGUCCAGUGUGUGUUUGUGGCCAUCAGGACCAUCGGAAACAUCGUCAUUGUCACCUCACUGCUGCAGUUUAUGUUCGCCUGCAUAGGAGUCCAGCUCUUCAAGGGCAAAUUUUUCUCCUGCACAGACAUCUCGAAGCAGACAGCGGCAGAAUGCAGGGGUUCCUUCAUCAUGUACAAGGAUGGUGAUGUGAGGAAGCCAGAGAGAGCUAUAAGGAGGUGGGAGAACAGUGCCUUCAACUUCGAUGACGUACUCCAGGGCAUGAUGGCUCUGUUUGCCGUCUCAACCUUCGAGGGAUGGCCAGAGCUCCUCUACCGUGCCAUAGACUCCCACACGGAGGACAUCGGCCCUGUCUACAACUACCGCGUGGUCAUCUCCAUCUUCUUCAUCAUCUACAUCAUCAUCAUCGCCUUCUUCAUGAUGAACAUCUUCGUGGGUUUCGUCAUCGUCACGUUCCAGGAGCAGGGAGAGCAAGAGUACAAGAACUGCGAGCUGGACAAGAACCAGCGUCAGUGUGUGGAGUACGCCCUGAAGGCUCGUCCACUGAGGAGGUACAUUCCGAAGAACCAGUACCAGUACAAGGUGUGGUACGUGGUCAACUCCACCUACUUUGAGUAUCUGAUGUUCACCCUCAUCCUGCUCAACACCAUCUGUCUGGCCAUGCAGCACCACGGCCAGACGGGCUCCUUCAACGACGCCAUGAACAUCCUGAACAUGCUCUUCACCGGCCUCUUCACUGUGGAGAUGAUCCUCAAACUCAUCGCUUUCAAACCUCGGGGUUACUUUAGUGAUCCCUGGAAUGUUUUUGACUUCCUCAUCGUAAUUGGCAGCAUUAUAGACGUCAUUCUCAGUGAGAUCAACCCAGCUGACUCCUCCCCGUCUUCCCAUGCCCCUGUGGUAAGACCAAUGGGACUACAAAACUCGGAGGAUAACGCCAGGAUCUCCAUCACCUUCUUCCGACUGUUCCGUGUGAUGAGGCUGGUUAAGCUGCUGUCUCGCGGGGAGGGGAUUCGGACCCUGCUGUGGACCUUCAUCAAGUCAUUCCAAGCCCUCCCCUAUGUAGCGCUGCUAAUAGUGAUGCUCUUCUUCAUCUACGCCGUCAUCGGCAUGCAGAUGUUUGGUAAGAUAGCUCUGAGGGACCACAGCGAGAUCAACAGGAACAACAACUUCCAGACGUUCCCCCAGGCUGUGCUGCUCCUCUUCAGGUGUGCCACGGGCGAGGCGUGGCAGGAGAUCAUGCUGGCGUGCCAGCCCACCCGGCCCUGUGAGACGGGCUCCGAGGUGGGCCUCGCCAGCGAGGACUGCGGCAGCCAGUUUGCCAUCAUCUACUUUGUCAGCUUCUACAUGCUGUGUGCUUUCCUGAUUAUCAAUCUGUUUGUGGCUGUCAUCAUGGACAACUUUGACUACCUGACCCGGGAUUGGUCCAUUCUGGGGCCGCAUCACCUGGACGAGUUCAAGAGGAUCUGGGCUGAGUACGACCCUGAGGCCAAGGGUAGGAUCAAGCACCUGGAUGUGGUGACUCUACUGAGGAGGAUCCAGCCCCCCCUGGGCUUUGGGAAGCUCUGCCCCCACAGGGUGGCCUGCAAGCGUCUGGUGUCCAUGAACAUGCCUCUGAACAGUGACGGGACGGUCAUGUUUAACGCCACCCUCUUCGCCCUGGUCCGCACCGCUCUCAGGAUCAAGACUGACGGUAAUUUGGAGCAGGCUAACGAGGAGCUGAGGGCCAUAGUGAAGAAGAUCUGGAAGAGAACAAGCAUGAAGUUGCUGGACCAGGUGGUGCCCCCAGCUGGAGACGAUGAGGUGACAGUGGGGAAGUUCUACGCCACCUUCCUGAUCCAGGAAUACUUCCGGAAGUUCAAGAAGCGUAAGGAGCAGGGUCUGGUCGCCAAGGUCCCCCCCAAGACUGCUCUUUCUCUGCAGGCGGGCCUGCGGACGCUUCAUGACAUGGGCCCGGAGAUCCGACGGGCCAUCUCCGGUGACCUCACCGUGGAGGAGGAGCUAGACAAGACCCUGAAGGAGCCCACGUCGGCAGCCUCGGAGGACGAUAUCUUCAGGCGAGCGGGCGGUCUCUUCGGUAACCACGUCAACUACUACAACCAGAGCGACGGCCGCGGCGCCUUCCCGCAGUCCUUCACCACACAGCGUCCCCUGCACCUCAGCAAGGCGGGCAGUCCCGGCGAGGGCGAGUCCCCGUCUCACGACAAGCUGGUGGACUCCACCACCUUCACGCCGUCCUCCUACUCCUCCUCCGGCUCCAACGCCAACAUCAACAACGCCAACAACACGGGCAUGGUGGUGCCCGGGGGCCCGGGGGGCCUCAGCCGCUUCCCCAGCCCCACCAUCAGCACAGUGGACGGGCAGAGCGGACCCCCCCUCACCCCCAUCCUCCUACCACGCUCUGCAUGGUGCUUCCCUCCCAAGAGCUCGGACUCCAGCGACAGCCACCUGCCCAUCAUCAGGAGGGAGGAGGUCUCCGUGGAGACAUACGACGAGAACUUCGCCGACGACAGAGACGCGCUCUCCUCCGACAUGCUGGUGUACCAUGAUGAGGAGAGUAAGCAGCUUGCUCCUAUGGAGGAAGAGGAGGAUAGGGAGGACAGGAGAUCAUGGCAGAGUACAAGGAGAGCCUUCCUGUGUCCCACAACACUGGGUCGGAGGUCGUCGUUUCACCUGGAAUGUCUGAGGAGACAUUCAAAAUCGGACGUCUCCCAGAAGACUGCACUACCACUGCAUCUGGUCCACCAUCAGGCAUUGGCAGUAGCAGGGCUGAGCCCCCUGCUGAGACGAAGCCACUCCCCCACCCUCUUCACACAGCUGUGCUCCACCCCUCCCACAAGCCCCGCCUCCCGGGGAGGCCCCACCCACUACCAGAGGGUCCCCUCCCUGCGGUUGGAAGGGACGGGGUCUUACGAGAAGCUGAACAGUAGCCUGCCUUCGGUCAACUGUGGCCCGUGGUACAGUGACGGCCCCGCCCUCAGGGCGGGAGGGGGCGUGGCCAGCCAGCGGCCGCCGCGGCCGGUGUCGCUGACGGUUCCCUCUGUAAGCUGCAAGGACGCCGCCUCGCUGUCGCACGGCAGCGCAGGGAGCCUGGUGGAGGCGGUGUUGAUAUCCGAGGGCCUGGGCCGCUUCGCUCAGGACCCCUCCUUCAUCGAGGUGACGAAGCAGGAGCUGGCGGACGCAUGCGACAUGACCAUCGAGGAGAUGGAGAGCGCCGCCGACAACAUCCUGAACGGCACCAGCCAGCCCAGCGCCAACGGCAACCUGCUCCCCUACAUGCACCGCAGCCACGCGGCCGGGGAAGGGGACGACGACGACGCCGUCUCCGUGGCGACGGAGGCUGAGAGGGAGGAGCUCCUGGGAGCCGUCACGCCUCCCGGCGAGGCGGAGGAGGAGGAGGAGGAGGAAGGAGGGGAGAUGGGUCUGCAGCACAGGGGGGCGGGAGGAGAGCGGCGGAACAGCACGCUAUCGGCGGAAGGCGAGGACAUGGAGUGCGUGACGAGCUUGUAGUCACGGCCUCCGCAGCGGUGACAUCAGCAGUGACAUCAGCAGCACAGUGUUGUGGCUAUCUCUGUGUCCGCCACCCCUCCUUUGAAACACACACACACACACACACACAGUCUCUCUCUUUCUGUUUCUCUAUGCCGGAGGCGCCACAGUGGCCAAAGGCACAAACUAUCAGAUCGGACCUGGUGAUCUCCAUCUUUUAUACACCUGGAAGGAGGAGUUCUUUCUCUGUGAGUGUGUACGUGUGUUUGUGCGUGUGCGUGUACACAGUCGUGUGUGUUAACUAACGCAUGUAUCUGGGUGUGUCUCUAAAGUGCCUCACAGUUCUCACAUCCGUGAACCGUGGAGAUGAGAGAAGGAAGAGAAAGAGAGGAAACGACGAAAGAGAAAAUACAAAAGUGUUGUUCUGUUCCACUGGCUGCCUGGCAGAUGGGUGUGAGGUAUUGGACCUUCCCACAGUGCAAGCAGGGCGGGAGUCCGAGGUCAUUACUCUGGGUUGCUGGCCAGGUGUCAUGACAUUACAUGGUGCCGUUGGCAGGGCAACUCGUUUGGCCACAGUCCAGAGCUCCAUGCUGGGCCUCACACUAGAGCUCCAUGCUGGGCCUCACACUAGAGCUCCACGAUAGUCUUCACUGCUCAUUGGGCCGCUGAACUCGGCUAGUUCCACAGGGAACCUUGGAGGAGGGCACAGCUAGCCAGGGAAGACUUUAACAGAUGUAACUUCAGCCAGUAUAACCAUGGGGAUAUGAAACAGAGACACUGGCCAACAGGAAACCAACAUAGGGCAAGAGACAUCCUGGAACUGCCAGUCAACUUCAGCUGUCCUGCCACAAACCCCCACCUCCUCCUCCACCAAUCCUCUUCCUUCUCUGUUUGACAUCUGCCUAUCACGUGCAGCCGUUUCCUGGUAAAACACGAACUGGGCAGAGCUGAGUAAGGCUGUUCCAUCACAGAGACGGCAACCCCCCCUGCUGCCCCUCCCUUGUUGUUGACAUAUCUGCGUCGAUUUGGGGUUUAGUUCUGAAGCUUUCAGGUUCCUCUGUGGUGUGGCUUGUGGAGGAGUGUGGGGAGACAGUGAUGAAAAGGAAGAGGACACAAAGAAAUGGAAGAGGGUACUCUAAUGGACAGAUAUAACAGAGGUUAAGUCUGCAACCCUAUCCCCCCUUCUCUACUACAUUACUCAUUGACGUGAUGGCCAAGCGUCGUUCAGAGUUGAACAGCUUGACACAGACACGCCCACCCCCCCCCAAAAAAAACAAACAGACCACACCGUUUACUGCCACCCCUGAGCAAUGUGCAACACUUGCUCUCCAUAAUGAUAGAUUUUCAUGAUGUUUAUUAAUUUAUCUCGAUUUAGUGGUUUUUUGGUGUGCACAUGCCAGGGUGCUGUUCUCCUUCUGUAUUUUUGCUUUGUUUAUUUUUUUAGGAGAUUUAAGAAAAUGAAGUAUCCAGCCCAGUGGUUAGGGCAGGAUGUAGUGUGUGCGUGUGUGUGUAUGUGUGUGUGCGCGCGGGUGUGUGCGCGUGCGUGUGAGUGCGUCUGUGUAAUGUAUAACUCAGUGGGAGUCUCUCUAUCAGUAUGCACCUUUAUCAGAUUGUAAUUAUUUAUUUAUUUAUUUUAUCCCUGGGGGUGAAGUGUGUAUUUUUUUGGAGUGGGUGAAAUAUGUAUUUUGCUGUUCUACAAAAAGCUGAUUUAUGCCUAAACGGUUCCAAUUUAAGGUAGCAUAAGUAUGGUGUGUUGUGUGUGAUAUCGCCCCCUGCAGGUAAACCACUGACGGGCAUGCUUCCACAGCUUGGUGUUCUUCUGAUGCUUCAUGGUUGUAGUUCUGAAUAGUGAUCUACUGAGGUUGGUCAGGCUUCUCCUAGCCCCAUUCCCCCCCCCUCCCUCCGCACACCAGACAAAUCAGGACCUACAAACGCUCACUGGAAAACCAGCACACACACACAGCCUCGACAAGCCAGGACACAUGGUUAUUGGACGAAUCAGAACACACAUGCUUACUGCACAACAACAACUCCCAUAUCGGCUCUGUGUAUGUCACCGUGUGUGGAUCGUUUUCCUACACUUAGUUCUAACUCGGAAAUCCUGGUGUUACGUUUUAGGAACCCCUCACGCCUAACCCCUCACACGCACACACAUGCACGCUCCAUGCACACUUCUCCAUGAGUGUGUGAGGAGGGUGUGUGUGUGUGUGCGUGUGAGGAGGCUGCGUUUGUGUGUGAGUUAGGCGGUCCGGUUCCGUUAGCAAGUUGACCAACAUCAGGUCAUACCACUUUGUUGCAGUUCAUACUGUAGGGCUAAAAAUAUAAGAUGUUUUAGUAUUAUUAUUCUUCAUUGCCAGCAACAGUUUAUGCUGUGCUGGUCCCUACAUGCAUGUACACAGGUUCACACACACACACUCAUUCUUUCAUCCUGUCUCAAAGCUCUAUUAUGCAAAUGGUGUGUUGAGGAGUUGUAGUGCCCGUGCUGCUGUAGUUCAACAUCCAUGGAACCCUGAGUUUAGACUUCUUCUGUACUUUGCAAAUGAGUUACAUUUCUAAAACUUUGAUUUUCAAUGCUGGUCGGUCACAGUCAUAGUUGUUAUCAUGAUCAUCUUUCUGAUGUCAUGUUCCUCCACUGUCAGUCAUGGACUGAGAGUUUGCAGUGUGCCAGAAAGGACAACGCAGUAGUGUUUGUUGAGUGUGGGGUUUGAACGCAGGUUCUACUGGCUGCAAUUCCGUCUGUGUUCAGUGUAGCACCAUUGGCAGCUCAAACAGGUCCCCCUGCCUGGCAUGCAUUUCUGAAUUUCAGUUAAGAUCUCAAAAUCGAUCUUCUCCAAAACAAUGUCGUUUUUUCUCCAACACACAACACACAUACACACUCACACACACACUCACUCACAGACACCCUCCCUCGAGAAAAGGUUAUUUCCUUCACAAAUCAUCACCUGCAGUAGAUUCAUAUAGCUGUCAUUAGGAGCCUAACAGCUUGGCAUUACUCCAAGUGUCCCCUGCUUCUUCUGUGGUUUGUGGCUUUAAGCCUGUAAGAGGAUAUCCAUAGCUGGUGGCGCCCCCUUAAGGACUGGAUCGGUGUUGCAGGCUGUCUGUUAUACUGCGGCUGUAGAAUUUCCUCUGGGAUGAGUGGGGGUGUGUUUGAAUUCCACAAGAUAUGCAAAAACAAUGCAAUAACUAGGACUGUAAAAAAACAAGGUUCUUAAAGAAUAUAUAGUUGUACAGAAUUGAAAAGAGA